AUGUCACCUGUCAAUGCCACCAAAUUCAAUUCUUUAGUGUUCCUUCUCACCGGGAUACCUGGGCAGGAAGACGUCCAAAAUCUCUGGAUCUCUGUCCCCUUCUGUUUAAUGUAUGUUAUUUCAAUAGCAGGAAAUUCACUCAUUCUGUUCAUUAUAAGAACAGAUCCGAGCCUUCAUGAGCCCAUGUACAUUUUCCUUUCCAUGUUGGCCAUCACAGACUUUGGUUUAUCAAUAUCAGCCAUACCGACCACACUGGGGAUAUUCUUAUUUAACUCUAGGGAGAUCAGCCUCGAUGCCUGCUUUGCCCAGCUGUUCUUUAUCCACUCAUUUUCAUACAUUGAAUCUUCUGUGCUUUUGUUGAUGGCCUUUGACCGCUUCAUUGCAAUCUGUAACCCACUGAGAUAUGCUUCCAUCUUAACCCCACGUAGAAUAUACAGGAUGGGACUUUUGUUUGUGCUAAGAUCGGUGGCCCUUAACAUCCCACUUCCAUUUCUCUUGAAACGGUUCCGAUACUGUCGAGCCAAUGUCCUCUCCCAUUCCUACUGCCUGCACCAGGAUGUCAUGAAGAUGGCUUGUUCAGACAUCACAGUCAACAGCUUCUAUGGUUUCACUAUUAAACUCUUAUCGGUGGGGUUGGACUCGUUCUUCAUCUUUUUCUCCUAUGUGAUGAUCCUUAAAACUGUGCUGAGUGUAACAUCCCCCACAGAGUGCCUCAGGGCCCUGAACACCUGCGUCUCCCACCUCUGCGCUGUUCUGCUCUUCUACAUACCAGAUAUUGGCUUGACUGUGAUACACAGAUUUGGGAACAGCUCUUCUCACUUGCUUCAAAUUAUCCUGGGCUACGUCUACCUGCUGGUCCCGCCCCUGAUGAACCCAAUCGUGUACAGCGUGAAAAGCAAACACCUUCGUGCGAGAAUAAUCAGGGUGUUCUUCAAGUGA